AUGCCGUCCCAGGACUUCAACCUUGACAAUUGCAAGGUUUCUCUUUACGCAUAUGUUUAUGAUAAACAUAUCGACUUCAAGAAUUUGGAUGGGUCCACAGAAUUUUCUCUUGACAAAUAUACAUUAUAUGACGGUCGUAUUGUAGUUGAAUUCAAGGAUUACCGGGAGCAGAAAAAAUGCGAUGGAAAAAGGGCAAUUUUAAGAAAAAAUCAUGUUUCGGUUUGGGACGACAUCUUGCGACUUAAUCAGGCCACGGGAUCGAAUUGGACGUAUGAACAGGCUAUUCAAAUGGAGGCGAAAUUGCUUCUCAAGUUGCACCCAACGCUUGAUUUGGAACCCGAUUCAACUUUGCAAGGGAUGAAACUAUUUGAUCCAGCAGUUAAGAAAUAUGAACGGCCGGUCCAUCGCAAGUUGAAAAGGAAAAAGCGAAAGCUUAAUUCUUAUGAACUGAAACAGGCGGAGGCUAAGAGGAUCAAACAAGAAAAGAUGAUGUGGAUGAUGGACGAGCGCCAUGGUCGGGAUUUUAAGCCGGAUUUCAACCAAAUGAGAUAUUUCAGAAGUCACAAAGAUACCUUGAAUAAAGGGAAGAAGAGGGCAGACUUGGAACCGCUUGCUGAAUUGGGGCGAGGAAUAACAACGAUUCCAAAGAGAUCAUUUGGCACCGUUUUCAGGACGUUGACCUUUGAAAGACUGAAUACUUCAAUCGAGACAGACAACAACAAAGCCGUUGAAAAGAAAUUCACGUUGUACACCUUUGUUUACAUAUAUCGUGAUUCAAAUGAUAAACAUAUGGUCGUUGCUCAUACUGUUGAUGAGCGAGACUUGAAGGCGACCAACGAAUACCCUAGUUUUCUACGCAGUGGGGAUAGCAAGAUCUACCAUGCAAGAUUGAAUGACAAUAAAGCAACCCUUAAAUGCGAACUCGAGAAUACCAAGGACUACAAAACAUUCAUUAAAUCAUUUGUUGUUCUUUAUGGAAUGAGCAACAAGUUAAAGUUCGAUUCCGACAGAAGUGACAAAAUUCUCAUCGACACAAUCACGCAGUUAACGAGCGAUUAUUCAAGUAUGCUUCCCGAGAAGCAAAAUACGUUAGAGCCAUUGCAAAUUGUAGAAUAUCUUCCUAUAGAAACGAAAUCAUCGACAUUGGAUUUUAAAAUAAAUGAUCUUAAAAUCGAAUCAAUCAAUGAUCUGGUUGUGGCAGCCACAAGGAGUUCUCAAAAUAAAGUGGGAACUCCUCGGUUGCCUCAACAAGAUCAAGUUGCAAUGCCCCCACCGUCACGACCCCCUCGCCGCCCGGGACAGAUACCAUCAUCACCAAAGUCUCAAGUUAUAAUUCAAAAUAUUGGAUCGCAAACCCAAGUUCAAAUGCCACAAACGGUAUUGCAACAUCAAAAUCGUCUCAUUCCGAAUCAACAAAGAGGAGUGUUGCCAUAUAUGAAUCAAUCUCAAAUUUCAAAUCACCUAAUACCUCAGCAAAUACCUCAGCAAAUGGCACAAUUCUCUCCUGGCCGGCCAUCAGUUCCUGUAACAACGCAAGUGCAAAUGGUGCCGAGACCACCUGUUCAACAGGUGACACCCGUUAAACGUCCGAGACGCAAAAAUUCCAAACCAACAAGUGCGUCAGAUCAACCAGAGACCUCCUCACAAGGUGGACAACUUGCUUCUCAUCCUCAGAUGAUGCAAAUUUCGAACGAGCAAAAUCAAUCAACAAAUCAGUCAUCAAUUACAAGUCCCGCGCAAACGCAGAUUCAGAUUGGAAUGCAACCCGUCCAACAUUCCGCCCCCGGGACACCCAUUUUAGUCUCUGGGCAAAAUCAACAGUCAGAUAUAACCCCGACCAAUCAACUUCAAGGGACGCCAAUAUCAAUUCCAAAUCCGACUACGCCUAUCCAAAUUCCAAACACGCGAUCCAAUCCGGGAACACCAACUCAAGUUCCGACAUAUGUUCAAGUUCGACCUGAGCCGAAUUCGGUUUCAGGAGCAUCGACUCAAGUUUCGGGUCAAAUUCAGGGCCAACCUUCCAUCAUUUCAACACCUAUGUCCAUACAGCUAUCUCAGCAACCCAAAAACAAUAUGCUCUCUACACAUCAGGAAAAUCCGACGCAAAAUAAUAGUCAACCGGCUCAAAUAAAUUCCGAUCCGCACAAUCAAUUAAUGACCAAUCAAGCAGGACAGAUCAUUAUGUCGAACAUGCAAAAUAUGCAAGCACAGCCUAUGUAUGAUCCACGAUUUCUUAGGGCAAAUUUUAUUGCACAGCAACAACAGCAACAAUUUGUGAAUAACGGUCAAGGUUUCGUGGUCCAGCAAUCACCGUUUCAAAUGAAUCCACAAAUGCAAUUAGAGAUUCAGAAUCAACCACAAAUGUCCAUACCUAUACAAUUAUUACAACGAAUGCAAGGUCGCCAGGUCGUUGUUCCGAGACCAAACUUGAUGGUUCAGCAGCGAGUAGUCAAUAACCCUCAACAAAUCAUUAAUGGCCAGUGGAUUUACCAGGGUCACCCCGGACAGCAACCGCAGUAA